CACAGCAGCGCCGCCGCCCCGGAGGCUUUGCGAGCCGAGCUGGGGGGCAGGCUUUGAAGCCCAGAUGCCUCUGGGGCUUCCCAGCACAGUGCGGCUGCUCCUGCUGGCACCUGGCGCAGCAUUGCCCCCCGCGCUGCCGCCGACGUGCUUGCUGGAGGCUCGCUCCGUGGUGCACGGGGAGAGCGAAGGUAGCAGCGGCUGCUAACCCGGCGCAGCGGGUCCUAAUGCCUGUCACUUCCCGGGACGCGCUGGUGGCGGCGGCGGCAGCAGGCGAAAGCCCCCGGAGCCCCGCGCAGGUUUGCCUGGCCUCUCCCGCAAUCUGAUUGGAUCAAGUUGGGCUUUACGUGGCGAGGGCUCUUGGAAACCAUGGGUUAUUGCAGCGGCAGGUGCACGCUGAUCUUUGUCUGUGGCAUGCAACUGGUUUGUGUGCUGGAGAGGCAGAUAUUUGACUUCCUUGGUUAUCAGUGGGCACCAAUCCUGUCAAAUUUUGUGCACAUUAUUAUAGUCAUACUUGGCUUAUUUGGAACCAUCCAGUAUAGACCUCGCUACAUAACAGGAUAUGCUGUCUGGCUAGUCUUCUGGGUCACAUGGAAUGUGUUUGUUAUCUGCUUCUACUUGGAGGCUGGGGAUCUUUCAAAGGAAACGGAUCUUAUUCUGACCUUUAAUAUCUCAAUGCACCGUUCUUGGUGGAUGGAGAAUGGCCCAGGCUGUACAGUAACAUCUGUGACUCCAGCCCCAGAAUGGGCACCAGAGGAUCAUCGUUACAUCACUGUCUCAGGGUGUUUGCUUGAAUACCAGUAUAUAGAAGUGGCUCACAGCUCCCUUCAGAUCUUCCUUGCACUGGCAGGGUUCAUCUAUGCCUGUUAUGUUGUGAAAUGUAUUACUGAAGAAGAGGACAGCUUUGAUUUCAUAGGUGGAUUUGACUCUUACGGCUAUCAAGGCCCACAGAAGACAUCUCAUUUACAGCUACAGCCCAUGUAUAUGCUCAGCACUGAACUAGAGGAAAGAGCACCAUCUAUUGAAUCAGCAACACCACUUCCAGCAGCAUUGAGCACUUCCUUGGAGGUCCCCUAUCCAUCCCAGUGCUGCUUAGUUUCUGAAAUCUUCCAGGAUCACAGCACAAGGCGGUCAAAAUGAACAAGGUGACUUCUGUGUGGGGGCUGAAGGACCUUUCAAAAAACUUGUUUCAGGAUGGCCCCCUGUGUUCUACAAACAGCAAAAAAACAACCUUUGUGUUUAAAAAAAAAAAAGAACGAGCAUACGCUGAGACAGAGAAACAAAAGGUGCAUUCGACCUCUCUUUCCAACAAGUACAGACAGAGAUGCACAUUACCCCAUUCUUGGAUUUCCUGAAUACACAAAAACAACUGCCAGGCCUUUGGAAGGUUCAAAAGGAGAAGCAUUGGUGCCAUCUGCUGGCUAUUACCUGUGUUUACUACCUUCAUUCCUACUUAUUUGAGUUAUGAAAUGAUUUCAUCCAAUUCAGUUCUUUCUGAGACCACUUGCACCAAGUCUCCUUAGUCAUUAUAAUAUUUAAAAAAUACCAUGAUGACCUUGUAACAGAAGCCAAUAGACAGCAAGUUGUUUGCCCUAAAGGCUGUACAAGUACAUACUUGCCUUAACCCAACUAAGUUGCACAUCAGAGAAACUCAGUGCAGGCUUACUGAAGCGACUUCCUUUAGAUUCAACCUGCUGCUGUUAAUUCUGAAAGAUUUUUUUUUGUGUCAGGGAAUAAGGCUCUGUUGCUCAGCAGCUCCAGAGUGACCACGUACGAAAACUGCCAGCUAACUGAAAAGUGCUUUACUAAUGAGCCUCCACAAUGGUCAAGAAAACAAACAGUUUAUAAUGCUUAAAAGAGAAAUAGAUCUCUGGGGUUGGGAAAGGGGUAAAGGGAAUCCCUCAUUAAACCAAUAACUGAACCUACUGGAAAUAAACAACAGUGUUUCAUAACCCCACUGUUUUUAUUUAUCACACUGUAGGUGCUUUUAUAACUAACUCUAAAUAUGUCUUUUACUAACUACAGAGACAUCUGCAGAUUUCUAGCAACAGAGGCCAACUGAAUAUGUAUUAGCUACGUUUACUCUUUUAUAUCUAAUUUCAAUUGAAAAUCCUAUGUAAGUGAGCAUUCUUUUUUCUAAUUGCACCGGAAGGGAUCUAACUUCUUUUGUUUGUUUUGGUUGGCGUAGAGUGGGGAGGGACUAGCUGCAUUGGUGAAAUAUUGGAGAACUUUUUGUGAUAUAUUUGGGGAUUCGUUGUGUGUUAGAAUGUGUAUUUUAUCUUCCUGUAAAAUUGUGGCUGAAAAAAACUGUGCUGUUAUGUAGUUGGCAACAAGAUGCCUUUGGGGAUUUUACUAGUAGGUCAAUGUGUUUAUGACAUAUUCUGAACUCAUAGGAACAUUUGUUUUGUUCUGAAUUUGAUCUGUAUUUUCAAGCACUUAGGCAGCUUUCAUUAGAAAAAAAAAGAUUUUGCUCAGGCUUUUCAGGAACUUGAAUUGUCAUUCCUUCUUUGUUCAGAAACCGCCCAGACAAAUGCACACACCGGCCACACAUACCUGACAGCCACGUGUGCUUGAGGGCAUGAGUGUUCAGUGCUUGGAAAGGUGCAAGUCGUCACAAAGCGACUCUUUUCCUAGCUUGCCAAACCUUCACAGUCUCUGUGGCUUAUAGGUACUGUUGCCCUGUGCACUAACUCUACUUAUCCAUUGCUAUAGAAAUUGGCGCCCUUCGCUGUGUAUGCAUGAAUGUAAUGUGUCACAAACAAUAAAUCUGGACAAUGACAGUGGAACAAGCAUUCCCCACUAAAAAUAAGAUACAAGACAGGUUUAGGAACUAUACUUACAUUAAUUCUGUAAGAUUUUCUAUAUAUGUGUGUGUGUAUGUGUGCAUGUAUGUAUGUAUGUAUAUAUAAUACACACCUACAUAUAUUGAGGGAAGAUGCAUAAUGUUGUGGCUUGAACAUGGAGCUAAGAGCCAGGAAUUCCUGAGUUCCUGAUAAGCUAUGUGACCAUAGACAAGUCACUUAAGCCCUGGACCAGCAAAUCCCUUAAAAACAUGCUUAACGUCUUUGGCUGAAUUGGUGUCUUCUUCAAAAAAUUUCCUAUGUGGGCGCCUAAAUUUAGACCCCCUAAAUCUAUAUUUAGUAGAGCUGGCUGGAAAUGGAAUUUCCAUUCUAUGGGAAAUUCCGACAGUUCAAACUUUUUUCAUUUGGAAUAAAAAAAGCUGAAAUUUCUUGCAAAAAAAAAUAUCUGACAAAUUUUACGUUGAGGCCAUUGAAACAAGGUGUUGCUGUUGAAUCAUUUCGUUUUGAUCAUGUUGAUUUAUUUCCUUUAGACUUUUAUAUUUGAUUAAAAAUUAAAUGUUUAUAUAUGCAUAUAAAUUAAAUAUAAAAGUCCAGAUGAAACUAAUCAAAAUGUCUAAACAAAACGAGAAAGUCAAAACAAUUCAUUUUCACUUCUUCCUGUCAAAAAUAUUGUUCCAAUUAAACAUUUUGAUUUUAACACAACUGCAUUUUUCGUUUACAUUUUUUUUUACCAGCUCAAGUAUUUAGGCACCUAAAUAGUGGCCUGAUUUUCAAGGAUAUUGAGCAGUCAUGGCUUGCAUUGACUUUCCAUUCACAUUGAAUGGGAGCUAUUAGUGCUCUGCCCUUUGAAAGUCAAGCAAUUUAUUUCGGUGCCUCAGCAUGGAUUUAGGAGCCUAACUUUAGGCAUCUAAGUUAGAAAAGUUUGUCCUUAACAUCUCUCUGUUUCAGUUCCCCCGACUAUAAAAUGUGAAUAAUAAUAACUACCUCACAUAGUGAUUGUGAGGAUUAAUUAAUGUUUGUGCAGUGCUUAGAAUUACUAUGUAAGUGCUAAGUAUUAUAAAUAAUGUGUGUAUAUUUAUAUAUUGCAUAUGUACACACAUAUGUAUACAUACACUCAAGUAUAUAGAGAUAUAUACACAUAUAUAAAGUAGGCAUUCAUAUUCCUGCUUAAGUUGCAGUGAAAGCACUAGUAUUUCAGGACUGUUGACUACUACACUAAAGGAUGAUGUUUUGGAAGCAGUUUGGAGCACAGUAGUGUGAGAAUAUCUGGAAUGACAUUUUUGAUUUGUACAGCUGUAUCCGCCUCAAAAUCCAGUAAAGAAUGUUAUUUUUCUAGGCUGGGUUUUUGUUAUAAAGCUAAAUAUUCAGAAGGCAA